AUGAUUGAUGCUGGAAUGAACAUUUUGGUUAUCAACUUAAGUAUGGUAACCCGGGAUGUUUGCAAGGAUGUUGUGAGAUGCAUCCGCGAACUGGAAGAGUCGAAUAAUUAUGAACGUCUUAUAGCGAUCGUAAUUGAUGUAACAGGGGCACCAGUUCGAACUGGGACCUUUAGAGAAGGAUUGUCGUAUGAAGCAAAACUAGAGGAAGGCAGUCGCGUCACGUUGACAUUGGAUGAGAAUUACAAAUUUAAUUGCACGGAAGAGCUAAUAUUCAUAGAUACGCAAUUCUUUCCUAAACUGAUUCAUUACCUUCGUAAAGGAGAUCGUAUUUAUUUGGAUGAGGGACAAGUCACCCUUGUAGUUAGGGACAUUGGUUUUGACUGUAUUAGCUGCAUUGUGGAAGAAGGAGGUAUGAUUGGGAGUUUUAAGUGUCUUACACUACCGCGGAACCGACUUGAUCAGAAGAUCCUCUACUCGACUUAUGCAAAGGACCUUGAUUUUGCUGCUGAAUGUGGUGCGGACUUCGUUUUUACAAACUUUGCUGGCAGUAGCAGCAUGAUUGAGGAUGCUAGACGUAUCCUCCCGAAAACAGUAAAAGUAUUUGCCAAAAUAGAGACCCGAGAGUCUGUUAAAAAUCUUCGAGAACUAAUAGCAGUUUCUGAUGGCAUUUUGAUUUGCCGUAGUGGUCUGGCCAUGUAUUACACGCCGGAGAAGAUAUUUAAGAUUCAAAAAUACAUCGUUGGCCAUUGCAAUGUGGCCGAUAAACCUGUCUUUGUAACUGGACAGUUGGCCGAAUCCAUGGCUUCUAAACCGAGGCCGACACGUGCCGAGGCCUCGGAUAUUGCUAAUGCAGUGCUCGAUGGAGUUGAUGGUCUUUUGCUAACAAUCGAAACAUCGUGGGGUAUGUACCCGUUCGACGCCGUCAACGUCGUUGAUAACGUUUGUCGUGAGGCUGAGCGGGCGGUUUGUCAUGAGACUUCCCGGAAUGAGCUGAACUACUGUCGAUUGCUGCGUGGUCAAGUCAAUGAUUCGAUCAAAAAUGUUACCGGAGCCUCAGCCGUGGAAGCGGCUGACAGUUGUGGUGCGUCUGCGAUAUUCGUUAUAACCACAACUGGAGCGUCGGCAAUAUCCAUUGCAAUGUCAAGACCCUCUUGUAUUGUGAUUGCCAUUACGGUUGAUAUCGCUGUGGCGCGUUAUUGUUUGGCCUAUCGAGGCCUUCAUCCUUAUCUCUAUGCUGGUGAGCGUGUGACUGAGUGGUGUGAGGACGUUGACAAUCGGAUUAACGCCGCCAUCGAGCACACUCGGCACACGGGUCUUGUAAAAGGUGGCGACCGCAUCAUCGUAGUGACGGGCUCGGUGGGUACAAGUGGCAGCACCAACACUAUCCACAUCUUUACGCUCGAAGGAGAGCAUUCAAAGCUCCGCAUUGUUGGCUCCUCUCAUGAGCUCUCGCAAGUGGAGAGUCCAUGGUCGAUGGAACACAUCGGCGUUGCCUUUCCAUUUUCCUCUGCAGUUGGUGCGAGUAAGGCUCGACAGGAGUUUGCAGUCGGACAACGCUACUCUGUGAUGCUGAGCCGCGAUAUCGAUCAGAUUGCGGACAAUGUGCGACAAACCACAAUCGUUUGUACUCUUGGUAAAUCAUGGAAGACCAAAGAGGGCAUCCUAAAAAUGAUGGAUGCUGGAAUGAACAUUAUGUUGAUUAACCUUAGCAUGACCCCAAGGGACAUAUGCAAAGCGGUUAUACACUACGCUCGAGAAAUAGAGAAAGAAUCUGAUUAUGCUCGUCUUUUGGGUAUUGCAAUGGAUAUGACAGCUGCACCCGUACGAACUGGGAUCUUUGAAGGAGGUCCUUCCUAUGAAGCAACUUUAAAAGAGGGUGCUCGCGUUACGCUAACCCUGGAUGACCAUUACAAAUUUAAAUGCACACCCGAAAUUAUUUUUAUAAAUACCAAGUAUUUUCCCCAACUUAUUCAGAGUCUGCGCAAGGGCGAUAGAGUUUACCUUGAUGAUGGCCAGGUUUCUCUAAUUGUUAAGGAUGUGGAGCUGGACUGUAUUAAUUGCAUGGUGGACUAUGUUUUCACUAGCUUCGCUGAAAAUAGCAUUAUGAUCAACCUAGCACGCAACAAUUUACCUGGUACGACAAAAGUGUUUGCCAAAUUGGAAACUCGAGAGGCAAUUUUGAACCUUCAUGAUCUGAUUUCGGCUUCUGAUGGUCUUGUCAUUCGUCGCAGUGACUUGGCCAUGCAGUACACUCCCGAGAAAAUAUUCAAGCUGCAAAAGUACAUAGUUGCUCACUGUAACAUCGCAGAGAAACCAGUUUUCAUUAUCGAACAGUUGUUGGAAUCCAUGGUGUCAAAGCCAAGACCUACGCGAGCCGAAUCAUCAGAUAUUGCAAACGCAGUUUUAGAUGGGGCCGACGGCCUUGUCCUGACUAUGGAGACUUCGUGGGGCUUGUAUGCAUUAGACUCUGUCCGCGUUGUCGACAAUAUAUGUCGCGAGGCAGAACGGGCUGUCUUUCAUUUUGAGACUCGUGGUGAACUGAAGCAAUGCCGAAUGCAAAUGGAACAGGGAUCAUUUGAUAUUCGUAGUGUUACAGGAGCCUCGGCUGCUGAGGCCGCUGCCAGCUGCAAUGCAACAGCUAUUUUCGUAAUAACCACUACUGGCGCAUCGGCUACAUCCAUCGCAAUGUUGCGGCCACCGUGCUCUGUUAUCGCUAUCACCCUCGAUGUGUCCGUUGCGCGUCACUGUCUUGCAUACCGCGGUCUCCAUUGCUACGUUUAUACAGGUAAAAGCGAGGGCGAUUGGGCUUUGGACAUCGACAAUCGGGUUAAUGCGGCUAUCGAGCAUGCGCGCAAUACAGGUCUCGUGAAGGGCGGAGAUCGCAUUAUCGUGGUAACGGGUUCUGUGGCGACCAGUGGUAGCACCAACACAAUGCAAAUUUUCACACUUGAAGAGGAGCAUUCGAAACUGCGUAUCGUCGGUUCGUCAAACGAGGCAGCUGCUGCAGAUACCCAUGAGAGCCCAUUAAACCUGACAGACUCCUCAAUGGAACAACAGCAAAAGGAUAAUGAUGAGAUAGAUGCGUUAGAGGAAGUUAGACUUAUUCGAGGUGCUCGGUCGCGCCGUCCUCGCUUCUCCGUUAUGUUGAGCAGCAGUAAAAGUGGCUUCGGCGGCAUUAAUGACAUUCGCGUGCCUCUGUAG